ACCUUUAAAAGAUAUUGGAAUAUUAUGAUAUUAUGUUUUAAUUAAUUUACUGUAAAAGGUUAUAAUAAAACAAUCAGUCCAGAUGAUGGCGGGAUCGGCAUUACGGCGCCUCAUGGCAGAAUACAAACAACUAACAAUAAAUCCACCCGAGGGUAUCAUAGCUGGGCCGGUCAAUGAAGAAAAUUUCUUUGAAUGGGAAGCCCUAAUAACAGGGCCCGAGGGAACAUGUUUUGAAGGCGGCAUAUUCCCUGCAAAGUUAGUGUUCCCCCCAGAUUACCCCCUGAGUCCACCUAAAAUGCAAUUUGUCUGUGAAAUGUUUCAUCCCAACAUCUAUGCCGAUGGUCGAGUGUGCAUAUCGAUUCUCCAUGCUCCGGGGGACGAUCCAAUGGGGUAUGAGAGCAGCGCGGAACGGUGGUCUCCCGUACAGAGCGUUGAGAAGAUCUUGCUAUCAGUUGUCAGCAUGCUGGCUGAGCCAAAUGACGAGAGUGGGGCCAACGUGGACGCAGCCAAAAUGUGGCGCGAAGAUCGGGAGCAGUUUAACAAAAUUGCUGAAAGAUUAGUUCGAAAAACACUAGGUCUACCAACUGCUUGAUU